GUGAAGAAAGAUUCCUCCAGUCCUAUAAUGAAAGCCUUUCUGAACCGCUUUCACGCUGUCAGUCACAGAAAGAGGUGGAUUGUUCCGUGCUGAUGCAUUACCCAAACAGACGCUUGAAACUGUUUGUUCAGAUUUAUUUUCAGAAGAUUAGAACUGUUUCUGAAUCAGCUCAGUUAUGGCGACUCGACUCUAUGAUCUGUUCGGAAACAGUCGGAUUAUUGCAGGACUGCUGGUCAAUAUGCUGUCUUCUAUCUGCAUAGUGUUCAUCAACAAAUGGAUCUAUGUGCACUAUGGCUUUCCCAAUAUGACAUUGACUCUCGUUCAUUUCGUGGUGACAUGGCUGGGGCUGUACAUUUGUCAGAAGAUGGACAUAUUCUCUCCCAAGAGUUUCAGACCCUCUAAAAUCAUCCUGCUGGCUUUGAGUUUCUGUGGCUUUGUUGCAUUCACCAAUCUUUCUCUGCAAAACAACACUAUAGGAACAUAUCAGCUGGCCAAGGUCAUGACAACACCUGUGAUUAUAGUCAUACAGACCGUGUACUACAGAAAGACAUUUUCCACAAAGAUCAAACUCACUCUAGUGCCAAUCACACUAGGGGUCAUGCUGAACUCUUACUAUGAUGUCAAGUUCAGUCUUCUAGGUAUGGUCUUUGCCACACUAGGAGUCUUUGUCACUUCACUGUAUCAAGUGUGGGUUGGCACCAAACAGCAUGAGCUGCAGGUGAACUCUAUGCAGUUACUGUAUUAUCAGGCACCCAUGUCUUCGGCAUUUCUCUUAUUCCUGGUGCCAUUCUUUGAACCGAUCACUGGAGAUGGUGGCAUCUUCGGCCCCUGGUCAUUCCAGGCUCAGGGAAUGGUCUUUCUAUCUGGAGUUAUCGCCUUUCUGGUCAACUUGUCCAUAUACUGGAUCAUUGGGAACACGUCACCUGUUACCUACAACAUGUUUGGACACUUCAAGUUCUGCAUCACAUUACUGGGUGGGUAUGUGCUCUUUCAGGACCCCUUGUCUUUAAAUCAAGGUUUGGGCAUCCUCUGCACCCUCACUGGCAUCCUGGCAUACACUCACUUCAAACUUGCAGAGCAGGAGGAGGGCAAAAGCAGGCUCACUCAAAGGCCAUAGGCCAGCUGAUAUGCAGAUCAAACGAGCAAGCCAGUGUUCAGGAAUAGAUAGUGAUGCUCAUAUAAAGGAGCAUGAAGAGACUAAUCAAACAUAAAUUGGAUGGAAGUAGAUUUGAGCGAUGGAGGCUGUAAGCUCGAAACAGCAUUUGAAAUGAACCACAUUUGUGUAUUUUAAAAAUAUUAUUUUUAAGUAUUUGCUGAGCUUGAUGUAGCUGACUGUCCGCUACCAAAGCUCUGACUGUUCAAGCACAUUUCAUUUGUAAUUUUGUGAGUUUUAUUUCAUGAUGUAUUUUCAUAUGCUGUGCACAUA